AUGGGCGCAGAUUCAGUACUCCAGCUUCGCUGCAAAUGCAAGUACGAUGCCUGGGGCAAAAAAGGCCACAACUCCCUGGCUGCCAGGCUUGCGUCGCAGCAGCCGGGGACCGAUUUGAAGAUUGAAGAUCACCAGACCUAUUCUGAGAUGUGGAUGGGUACAUACCCUUCUGUGCCGUCGUAUGUGAUAGCCACUGGCGACACGUUGGAGGAGCAUUUGAACAAGUAUCCUGAGCUGGUCGGCAAAAAGAUUGUCGAAAAAUUUGGCGGGGGUCUACCGUUUCUACCCAAGAUCCUGUCCAUGGACAAAGCUCUCCCUCUACAAAUCCACCCAGACCGCGAGCUUUCUAAACAACUAAACAAGCAAGACCCCGAGAAGUUCACCGAUACAAACCACAAGCCCGAGAUCGCCAUCGCCCUGUCCCAAUUCGAGCUCUUCGCCGGCUGGAAACCACUCAACGAUUUAACCAAGCUAUUCCAGCACAAGCCGCUUCAGCGCUUCUUACCAACGCCUGAAACCCAUUUCAACGACGCGAGUCUCAAGCGUGUUGCGCAGAACUUGCUCGAAGCGGACGAGAAAACGGUGGCGGAGACGCUGAAUGAGCUCACCCAAAUUCCGGAGAAGGAGUUUGGGAAGUACUCGUAUAUUCCCAAGAUGCUGGAAAGAGUGAGGUCGCAGUACUCGGAAUUUGAUAACGGCAACUUGAUGGCGGUCGUAUGCAUGAACUACUUUGUGCUGCAUCCUGGGGAGUCCGUGUAUGUGCCCACGGACGGGAUGCAUGCGUAUCUGUCUGGCGAUAUCAUGGAGUGCAUGGCCCGGUCAGACAAUGUGCUCAACACGGGAUUCUGCCCACGGCCAGAGCGUGACAAUAUCCCUCUUUUCUGUGAAGCACUCAGUUUCUGGCCACAUGAGCCGGACGAGGCGCUUCUCGGGAGACAUCCGUCCGAUAAGAGCCUGAAUGGGAAAACCAUUGAAUACGCGCCGCCUAUUUCAGAAUUCAAUGUGCUUGCCACACAUCUAAGUGCUGGUGAAAAGGAAAAGAUUAAGCCGAUCAAUGGACCGAGUAUUCUGGUUGUCACGAGUGGGCAGGGUCGGAUGUCAGCCAAGGCGAGCGAGGGAAAGAGCCAUGAUCUGAAGGAAGGAUAUGUCUAUUUUGUAGGGUGUGGAGUGGAACUGGAGUUUGAGGCGUCUGGUGGAAAUUUGGAUGUUUAUCGUCCGUACGCAGAGUAG